GACGUGACUGGAGUUGUAGGUAGACGAGAGGGCUUAGUUUGGUGGCCGUUAAAUUCUGUUACGGUCAUAUCGCUAAUAAAAUUGAUAAGUUCAUUGUAUUGUGUUAAGUUAAACCCAUAAAGAUAUUGUGACACUACUUAAUAAUACAAACUUUAAAGUGUUAAAUAUACUAUGAAUAUUGUUUCAUUGCAAUAUGAGAUUACACAGAUAUUUUAAAAUCUGUGGAGGUUCUAAUAAUUCUAUGUAAUGUUCUCAACCAUAGCAUAUAAGCUAUCUACAACUUUCUUGGAAGAACAAAAGCGCAACGCGUCAAGCAUGUCGAAAAAGCCGGCGGCGGCGCCGACGUUGCACAAGGUGAUAAUGGUGGGGUCCGGUGGAGUGGGCAAGUCUGCGCUCACGCUGCAGUUCAUGUACGACGAGUUCGUCGAAGACUACGAGCCCACCAAGGCCGACAGCUACAGGAAGAAGGUGGUGCUGGACGGCGAGGAGGUUCAGAUCGACAUCCUGGACACGGCGGGGCAAGAGGACUACGCCGCCAUCCGCGACAACUACUUCCGCUCGGGCGAGGGCUUCCUGUGCGUCUUCUCCAUCACGGAGCCCGAGAGCUUCGACGCGACGCAGGAGUUCCGCGAGCAAAUCCUGCGCGUGAAGAACGACGACAACAUCCCCUUCCUGCUGGUCGGCAACAAGUCGGACCUCGCCGACAAGCGCCGGGUGCCGCUCGACGUCUGCCGGGAGCGCGCCGCCGCGUGGCACGUGCCCUACGUCGAGACCUCGGCCAAGACGCGCGACAACGUCGACAAGGUGUUCUUCGACCUGAUGCGGGAGAUCCGGUCGCGCAAGUCGGACGACGGCCGCGCCACCAACGGCGACGUGCGCGGAAAGAAGAGAAGGAAAAUCAAGUGCGCCAUCUUGUAGGCGCCCCCUUCGCCCUCCGCCCCUCGAGAAGACCCGCUCCCGAGUCGCUAUCGUGUUUGUCGCUCGCGCUAACUGUAACGGUGAUAAUUGUCACCGAACUGUCGCGGUUCGGCUUCGAGUGCUCGGCGUCUGUGUUAACUUUAUGUAAUGCACCGCAAACUUAUUUUAAUUAUUAAUUAAUGUUGUCGUACUUUGUGGGAUAUGUAAUAUUUAGUCGUCGCGUCGGGGACGAAAGGCGCACGCGCAGGAUCGCGCGCUUCUUCCGCUUCGGCACUUCGCGUCGGCUAUCGUCGCCCGACAAAGGCGAUCUACUCGAAUAGGCCCGGCCGCUGCCGGAAAUUAUUUAUUGCUUUGGAGCAGCGGCGCGGGGUUCACGUAUCAUAAGAUAGUUUUUAUAACCGAGCGAGUGUUGUACGAAUAGAGUUAAGUGAUAAGUUAUCGAUGUUUACGCGAUGUAUAUUAGAGCGAUACGUUUGUGAUGAAUAAAGAUAUAUCGAUUUGCAAAA